AUGAAAAAUAAAAAAGAUAUAAUUAUAAGCAAAAAAAAAAACAAAAACAAUAACAAUAAUAAUAAUAAUAAUAAUAAUAACAAUUGUAAUAAUAAUAAUAGCAGUGAUAAUAGUUCAAUUAAUAGUAAUAAUAAUAAUAAUACUGAAAAGCUUUUUUAUUUAACAUGGCACAAUUCAAUAAUCAGAAAUAAUAUUUUAAAAUAUCUAAAAUUCUAUAAUAAAGUUUAUGAUCAUUAUCAUAAUAAAAGAUUUUUUAAAAAUAUUGUUAGUUUUUAUGUAUCUUUCGAAAAAGAAAAUUUAAAGUCAAUUAUUUUACUUGGAGAUCCAACCAAAGAAGAGUUAUAUCAAUUGUUUAAAAGAUUACCAAGCAGUAUUGAGAGUGUAGAGUUUAGAAAUGGGUUCAAUAUGGGUGUAAAUUACAGUAAUGAAUUAAAAAUAGAUAUACGAGACUUAGAAAUUCCAAAAACAGUAAAAGAAAUUAAUUUUGGUAAUAUUUAUGUUCAAGAUUCUUCAUUGUUCAAUAAAUUAUUUAAAUCAGGUUCAAAAAAUCCAUUCGAAAAUCUAGUUUCAUUAAAGAUUGGAUACAAUAGCGAAACAUUAUUAAGAGAAAAAUACCUAUCAUCAAAUCUUAGACAUCUUACCAUCCGUAAUGUUAUUCAUGGCCAAAUUACAAAAGGAAUCCUUCCAGAUAGUUUAGAAUCACUAUCAAUUUUCAUAGAUUAUAUUCAAUCUACUAUUUAUUUCCCACCAAAACUAAGAUCUUUGAAAAUUGGUUUGAAACAAGGGUACUAUUAUUAUAAUCCUUCAAUUUUACAAUUUUUACCACCUACCAUUCAAAAGUUAUCAGUUUUCUUUGAUCACACAAAAAGACUACCAAAGAAAAUUAAUUAUUCAGCUACGAAUCUCAAAAAACUAAUUACAUCACUUUAUUUUUAUAAUACUUGUUAUUUAAUAAAUAACACUUAUAAUGAUAAUAACAACACCAAUAAUUAUAAUAAUAAUAACACUAAUAAUAAUAAUAAUAAAAACAAUGUUAAUAACAAUUCAGAAAAUAGCACUAAGUUCCCAACAUCAUUAAAAAAGCUAGAUCUUCAUUUUAUACAACAUGAUUAUCUUUUAGAUAGAAUUUUAGAUAUAGAUUUAUUGCCACCAACUAUAAUAAGCUUAAAGCUUUCUCCUGAUAUUCAAAUAAAAAAAGAAAAUUUUGAAAGAGGUUUUCCUGCAAGUAUUACAAAUAUUCAAGGUGAUCUCAAACAUAUUUCAAAUAGAUUUGAAAAUCCUGAGAACAUUAGGGAGUUAUUAAUUUCGAACUAUAAAGAAGAGACUGAUGGAAAUACUAAAGCUUUAAAUAUAUUCGAAAAAUUUUCAAAUUUAACCUCACUCAAGUAUUCAAACAGCUCCAAUCAGAACAUCACUCUUCCAAUAUCAGAUAAUUUAAUAAAUUUUGAAAUUAUGCAGGAAGUUUAUUUUUCACACCAAUACUAUGUAAUAGGAUACAAUUUACCAUCAUACAAAGUUGGUGAUUUUAAAAUCAAUUCCGAUCAAGAUAAAGGUCCAAGAUAUAGUAGAAGCAGUAGUAGCUCUAGUAUUGAUAAUAAAAGCCAAAAGAGCUAUGGCAGUGACGAUGAAUCUAGCAGUGGCUCAGAGAGCUUACCGAAACCAAAACCAAAACCAAAACAACAGGAAAAAUCUACUUUAGAUCUUAAAAAAGCAACUCAUUUAAAAUCAUGUAGAUUGGAUAGUAAGCAUACUUUUCAACUUUUAGAAAUCUUUACUCAAUCAAAUAUAUCACCAUUUCCCUCAAGCCUGGUGUUAUUAGAUUUACAUUUCGGAUUUCAUGGAUCUGUUUUUACAAUACCAUUACUAAGUAGCACAAUUUUACCACCAUCACUCAAAUAUCUUGUAAUUAGGGGAAAUGCUAAACCAACUUACAGACUACCACUACCAAAUUCAUUAGAACACAUUUAUAUAGAUAAAUGUAAUGAAAUUAUAAAGGAUAUCAUUUUUGUAAAUAAUCAUCUUUCAAUAAUAAGCAUUUUUGAAUCAUACAACGAUAUUAUUACAACAAAAAUAACUUCAAAACUUUUUAAUAAUUUAAGAAAAUUAAUUUAA